AUGUCUUCUCUCGUUGUCAACUACACUACUCCCAAGGGUUAUGAACUCAAGCUCCAAACUGGCCUCUUUAUCAAUAACAAGUUUGUAAAGGGUUCUGAUACCAUUGAAACCAUCAACCCUGCCACUGGUAAGGUCAUCGCACAUGUCCAAGCUGCUGAUAAGGAGGAUGUCGAUGCUGCUGUUCAAGCUGCCUCUGAUGCUUUCCACGGCCCUUGGAGCAAGAUGACUCCCUCUGAACGUGCUGCUCUCAUGUUCAAGCUUGCCGAUCUCAUUGAUCGUGACAAUGAAGAGCUUUCUCAAAUUGAAACUCUCGAUAAUGGUAAGGGUAUCACCUUUUCACGUCUCUUUGAUGUCAAGCAAAUCGCCAUCACUCUUCGUUACUUUGCUGGUUACGCUGAUAAGGUGCACGGAAAGGUCAUUGACACUGAGGGUGCUCUUUCGUACACUCGCCAUGAACCCAUUGGUGUGUGUGGUGCCAUUCUUCCUUGGAAUUUCCCUCUCAUGCUUCUAGGUUGGAAGCUUGGCCCUGCUCUUGCUACUGGUAACACUAUUGUGGUCAAAACCUCUGAAAUGACCCCUCUUUCCGCCUUAAAGGUCUGUCAACUCGCUGUUGAGGCUGGCUUCCCUCCAGGUGUCAUCAACGUCAUUACUGGUUAUGGUGCUGUUACUGGCGACGCUUUAUCUCGUCAUAUGAAGAUCUCUAAGAUUGCUUUCACUGGCAGUACUGCAAUUGGCCGUCGUAUCAUGCAAGCUGCUGCCGAAAGUAACCUCAAGAAAGUUACACUCGAAUUGGGCGGCAAAUCUCCCAAUAUUAUCUUUGACGAUGCUGAUUUAGAUCAAGCUGUUCGCUGGGCUCACAAGGGUAUUUUCUUUAACCAUGGUCAAUGUUGUUGCGCUGGUAGCCGUAUCUAUGUCCAAGAGAGCAUUCACGACAAAUUCCUCGAGAAGUUCAAGGAGUAUACUAGUCAAACCAAGCUGGGUAACCCUCAUGACGAUGAUACCUUCCAAGGUCCUCAAGUUUCCCAGACACAAUUCGAUCGCAUCAUGAGUUAUAUUGAGUCUGGUAAGGAGCAAGGUGCUACAUGUUACAUGGGCGGUAAGCGUUGGGGCGAUGAAGGCUACUUUAUUGAACCCACUGUCUUCACUGAUGUCAAGGAAGACAUGACCAUUGUACGCGAAGAAAUCUUUGGCCCCGUUGUCACCGUCUCCAAGUUUAAGGAUAUCGAUGAUGUCCUCAAGAUGGCUUUGGAUACUGAAUAUGGUCUUGCUGCUGCCGUCUUCACCAAGGACACUGCCCGUGCUAUUGACGUCUCUAACCGUCUCCAAGCUGGUACUGUUUGGGUCAACUGUUACAACGAAUUGGAUUACAAUACACCUUUCGGUGGUUUCCGUCAAAGUGGUAUUGGUCGUGAGAACGGUGAAUAUGCAUUGGACAACUAUAUCCAGGUCAAGACUGUUAAGAUCAAUGUUAGCCGUAAGCCAUAA